AUGCAGCCCCAGCCAUAUCUCCAACCCCUGACCCAGUCCCAUGCAGGCCCAGCCAUAUCUCCAACCCCAAUCCCAGUCCCAUGCAGCCCCAGCCAUAUCUCCAACCCCAAUCCCAGUCCCAUGCAGCCCCAGCCAUAUCUCCAACCCCAAUCCCAGUCCCAUGCAGCCCCAGCCAUAUCUCCAACCCCAAUCCCAGUCCCAUGCAGCCCCAGCCAUAUCUCCAACCCCAAUCCCAGUCCCAUGCAGCCCCAGCCAUAUCUCCAACCCCAAUCCCAGUCCCAUGCAGCCCCAGCCAUAUCUCCAACCCCAAUCCCAGUCCCAUGCAGCCCCAGCCAUAUCUCCAACCCCAAUCCCAGUCCCAUGCAGCCCCAGCCAUAUCUCCAACCCCAAUCCCAGUCCCAUGUAGCCCCAGCCAUAUCUCCAACCCCAAUCCCAGUCCCAUGCAGCCCCAGCCAUAUCUCCAACCCCAGUCCCAGUCCCAUGCAGCCCCAGCCAUAUCUCCAACCCCAGUCCCAGUCCCAUGCAGCCCCAGCCAUAUCUCCAACCCCAAUCCCAGUCCCAUGCAGCCCCAGCCAUAUCUCCAACCCCAGUCCCAGUCCCAUGCAGCCCCAGCCAUAUCUCCAACCCCAAUCCCAGUCCCAUGCAGCCCCAGCCAUAUCUCCAACCCCAAUCCCAGUCCCAUGCAGCCCCAGCCAUAUCUCCAACCCCAAUCCCAGUCCCAUACAGCCCCAGCCAUAUCUCCAACCCCAAUCCCAGUCCCAUGCAGCCCCAGCCAUAUCUCCAACCCCAAUCCCAGUCCCAUGCAGCCCCAGCCAUAUCUCCAACCCCAAUCCCAGUCCCAUGCAGCCCCAGCCAUAUUCCAACCCCAAUCCCAGUCCCAUGCAGGCCCAGCCAUAUCUUCAACCCCAAUCCCAGUCCCAUGCAGCCCCAGCCAUAUCUCCAACCCCAAUCCCAGUCCCAUGCAGCCCCAGCCAUAUCUCCAACCCCAGUCCCAGUCCCAUUCAGCCCCAGCCAUAUCUCCAACCCCAAUCCCAGUCCCAUGCAGCCCCAGCCAUAUCUCCAACCCCAAUCCCAGUCCCAUGCAGCCCCAGCCAUAUCUCCAACCCCAAUCCCAGUCCCAUGCAGGCCCAACCAUAUCUUCAACCCCAAUCCCAGUCCCAUGCAGCCCCAGCCAUAUCGCCAACCCCAAUCCCAGUCCCAUGCAGCCCCAGCCAUAUCUCCAACCCCAAUCCCAGUCCCAUGCAGGCCCAGCCAUAUCUUCAACCCCAAUCCCAGUCCCAUGCAGCCCCAGCCAUAUCUCCAACCCCAAUCCCAGUCCCAUGCAGCCCCAGCCAUAUCUCCAACCCCAGUCCCAGUCCCAUGCAGCCCCAGCCAUAUCUCCAACCCCAAUCCCAGUCCCAUGCAGGCCCAGCCAUAUCUUCAACCCCAAUCCCAGUCCCAUGCAGCCCCAGCCAUAACUCCAACCCCAGUCCCAGUCCCAUGCAGACCCAGCCAUAUCUCCAACCCCAAUCCCAGUCCCAUGCAGGCCCAGCCAUAUCUUCAACCCCAAUCCCAGUCCCAUGCAGCCCCAGCCAUAACUCCAACCCCAAUCCCAGCCCCAUGCAGCCCCAGCCAUAUCUCCAACCCCAAUCCCAGUCCCAUGCAGCCCCAGCCAUAUCUCCAACCCCAAUCCCAGUCCCAUGCAGCCCCAGCCAUAUCUCCAACCCCAAUCCCAGCCCCAUGCAGCCCCAGCCAUAUCUCCAACCCCAAUCCCAGUCCCAUGCAGCCCCAGCCAUAUCUCCAACCCCAAUCCCAGUCCCAUGCAGGCCCAGCCAUAUCUCCAACCUCAAUCCCAGCCCCAUGCAGCCCCAGCCAUAUCUCCAACCCCAAUCCCAGCCCCAUGUAGCCCCAGCCAUAUCUCCAGCCUCAGUCCCAGCCCUACAGGACGACUAA